AUGGGGAGAACAAACACGCUGGAGCACUUGAACGCUAUCUCAGAUAAGAAUGCCAGAAGGAAAUCUUUGGCAUUGGACAACGAAUAUCAUAGCAAUUCUUCUUCCGAAGAUGAUAGCGCCAAGGUCGAGCUUUCAUAUACCGUUCCCGACAAGGAUGGCAUAAUUCAGCAGGAAACUACAACUUCAGUAGAGGAGGUUAUCGCUGUACCAACCACUGAGCAAAAUGAGUUACGAUUAAGGAAACAAAAAAGUAACAACCAAGACUCACCUGCUGACUUAAAUGGAGUUAUAGUUGAUGUUUCAAAAAGAGAAAAGGUUUUUCUAAAAAGGAAAAGACAAAUUGAUAGCAAACAUGCAUCUGACAAAUCCAAAUACUUAUCUAGAUUCAAUGACAUCACGUUCAAAGCAAAAUCUUCGACCAUUUUUGAAUCUGAUGAAUUUUAUAAAACUGAUUUUUUUGGAAUGUAUGUUUUGUUUUGGUUGGCGACAGGUUUUGCUAUGGUAAACAACUUUAUUCAUACAUAUUUUGAAAACUCAACCCCAAUUUUGCAAUGGACAGUGGUAAAGGUGUUUAAACGAGAUUUAUUUAAAGUUGGGUUAGUCGAUUUGGCAAUGUAUUUAUCAACCUAUUUUGCCUUUUUCGUACAAUAUGCUUGCAAAAAUGGGUAUUUAUCGUGGAAAAAGGUUGGUUGGUGGCUACAGGCAGCGUUUGACGGGUUGUUCUUAUUUUUUUGGUUAUGGAUAGCUCUGGAGUAUUGCUUAGAUUUCCCAUGGAUUGCCAAAGUGUUUUUAGUGCUCCACAGUUUAGUAUUUAUUAUGAAGAUGCACUCCUACGCGUUUUACAAUGGAUAUCUCUGGCUGAUUUACAAGGAGGGGUUAUUUUCAGAGAAAUAUCUUGAGAAAUUGAAACAUGGAAAAGUCAAGUUACCAAAAGGACACACUAAAAAAGAAACAGAGAAAGUGCUCCAGGAAAGCAUAGCCUUUACCAAAUAUGAAUUGGAAUAUCAAACUCAUGCCACUACUGAGAAUCCUGAGGAUCAUCAUGUAUUUGAUCUAGCCCAGACAGAUAAGUCAAUUGCCAAACUACAGCAAGAAGGGUUGAUCAGAUUCCCACAGAAUAUAACUUUGUUCAAUUAUUUUGAGUACAGCAUGUUUCCAACAUUGGUGUACACUCUAAAUUUUCCGAGAACAGAAAGAAUCAGAUGGUCCUAUUUUUUUGGUAAAUUGUUUGGGAUUUUUGGCAUUAUUUUCUUGAUGAUUCUUAUCUCUGAGAAUAAUUUGUAUCCCAUAGUUCUUAGAUGUGAAGUUGCACGCAAAUUACCAGUACUGGAAAGAAUCCCACAGUAUUUCUUUCUAUUGAUGGAUAUGAUUCCCCCAUUCUUGAUGGUAUAUUUGUUUACAUUCUUUUUGAUUUGGGAUUCAAUUUUGAAUGCUAUUGCCGAGUUGUCGAGAUUUGCCGAUCGUGAUUUUUAUGGGCCAUGGUGGUCAUGCACUGAUUUUUCAGAGUUUGCCAAUCAAUGGAAUCGUUGUGUUCAUAAGUUCCUCUUGAGGCAUGUGUACCAUUCUAGUAUCAGUGCACUUAAUGUCAAUAAGCAACUGGCGGCAAUAAUCACAUUUUUGUUGUCCAGUUUAGUACACGAACUUGUGAUGUACGUCAUCUUUGGAAAUUUGAGAGGUUAUUUGUUAUUGUUCCAAAUGUCACAGAUACCAUUGAUAAUUAUGAGCAGAAGUAAAUUUAUGAAGGAUAAAAAGGUGUUAGGUAACAUAAUUUGCUGGUUUGGGUUUAUCAGCGGUCCAAGUAUUAUUUGUACACUUUAUUUAGUGUUUUAG